UGCGUAGCGAGGCAAGUCGAAGAAAUACGCUACGAUAGUACGAAUUGGACAAAUUGAGGUUGUACUUCUAAGUAUAUACUUGACGGUAUUUUGGGCUUGAUAAAUUAUUCUCAAUAGUAUGUUGGUGCAUAAAGCUUGAGGAUUCAUGAGGUGGCAGGUUAGAAAUUCAUUCGUUCAAUGGUAGAGACUGGCCUCUUUGUUUCGAGUCUAGAUAUGGAUAUCCUGAUGUUUACAGCUUGCAGCUGGCAAACCAAGCGUCAGCAAAUUUUUCAGUCAAUUUUGAAGCUGGCUGUCAGAUGCGCACGCUCAAGCCAUGUCAAGCGGUCGACGUGUACAUUGCUGUUAAUGAUUGGACCUGAAUGACUAGGUACAUGUAGCAUGUCCAGCUAGAGAUGAUGUUUGUACUGUAACUGUACUGCAUCUACCUUGCAGAUAUGAUCAAAGAAUAUUAAGCACUCUCUCGCG